ACUUCCUUUCACCUCUAGCUCUCAUUUUCUCCCUCCCUCUCUCUCUCUCUCUCUCUCUAAAACACCCAAUACCCUUUUCUUCUUCUUCUUCAAUACCUUCUUCUUCUUCUUCUUCUUCUUCUACUGAACAUAUUGAGAUAGAGGCCAAGGCAUGGAGAUCUUGCAUUUCGUGUUUGGGAUUUUCGGGAAUGCCGCUGCUCUCUUUCUUUUCUUGGCACCAGCGCUAACGUUCAAGAGGAUAGUGAAGAGCAGGUCGACGGAGGACUUUUCCGGCGUGCCUUACGUGGCGACGCUAUUGAACUGCCUGCUGUCGGCGUGGUACGGGCUGCCGUUCGUGUCGCCGCACAACCUGUUGGUGAGCACGAUCAACGGCGCGGGGACGGCGAUCGAAGCGGUGUACGUGGUGCUGUUCCUGGUCUUCGCGAUCAACGGCAGGACGAGGGCGAAGGUCGCGGGCCUGCUGGCGCUGAUACUCACCGUCUUCGCCGGGGUGGUGCUCGUCUCCCUGCUGGCGCUGCACGGCCAGCACCGGAAAAUCUUCUGCGGCUUCGCCGCCACCAUCUUCUCCAUCUGCAUGUACGCCUCCCCGCUCUCCAUCAUGAGGUUGGUGAUCAAGACCAAGAGUGUGGAGUACAUGCCUUUCUUCCUCUCUCUCUUUGUUUUCCUCUGCGGCACCUCCUGGUUCAUCUAUGGCCUCCUUGGUCGCGAUCCCUUCAUUGCUGUCCCUAAUGGGUUUGGGUGUGGGCUGGGAACUCUGCAACUCAUCUUGUAUGCCAUCUAUAGAGAUUGGGGUGGUAAAGACAAGAAAGACCAGAAGGUAGUGAGCAGCAGCAAGGCCAAAGGCAUGGACUCUUCUGCUGCUGAUGCAGAUGCCAUGGAGAUGGGAAGCAUCAAGCAUGAGGAAAACAGCACCAACAAGAAGGAGCCUUCUUCUCUCCUCAGCAAUGGUGGCAAGGCAACACGCACGUGACUUCCCCUUCUUGCAGCAGGCGCCGCAGCCGGAAGGUCACGUGACCUUGCUGGAUUCAUGGACUGCUAAGUAGGCUUCCAUGGGUGGCCUGUCUUUAGGAAUUUCUAAUUUUUUGGACGCUUUCUUGAAAUUUGAUUUUCUUUGGACGAUGAAUUUGUUGUGUCUAUGAGCCUUUAAGCUAAUUGGCUCUGGUUGAAAUUUGUCUUGGAAUCAAGGUCUUAUUUUGCUUUA